CAUGUUACGGUGUGUUUUGGGGCAGGAUCCUAGAAAAUUGACCUAUCAGGUGUUGGGGUUGUAGGGGCCAGUCACAAGUGGAUAGUGGAGGAAACGACAGCUGUCUACCAUCAGAUCAGCCGAACGGAGCGGACUAAUAUAUUUAGUAGAUUUUAUUAAACUUUUAUUUUCAUUUAUCGAUUGGUGUGAGUGAAAACUGUGUUACGAAAUCUGGAGCAGAAGAGCAGAGAGCACCAUCUCUACACAGCAUGACCCCGGAGAGAGAGAGGAGGAGGAUAAUGAGUUGUGAAGCAGCGAGGGCUAGGCGGAGAGCAGAGUCUCAGGUGUUGAUUGACAUGUCUCAACUCCUCCCCCUCCCUUCCUCCCUCCGCCCACAGCUAGACAAACCCUCCAUCAUACGACUAACCAUCAGCUACCUACGCAUACACACACUGCUCUCUGGCUUUGCUGACCGACAGACGUGGGAGAGGAGGGACGAGGAGGGAGAGAGGGAAACGAGGGAGGAGCGAGAGAGGGAGACGAGGGAGAGGAGGGAGGAGGGAGCGAGAGAGAGGUGGGCGGAGGGAAAUAAGGAGGCGGGAGACAGGGAGCUCGGGGAGAGCAGGGAGGAGCGAAAGAAGGAGAUGGGGGAGACAGAUCUAUACCUGAGGAUUCUGGGUGGCUUUGUCGUCGUGGUAACGACAGAAGGAGACAUGAUCUACCUGUCAGAUAACAUCAGAGAAUACAUGGGUUUAACUCAGGUGGAGUUGAUGGGGCAUAGCAUAUAUGAUUUCACACACCCCUCUGACCAUAAGGAAAUCAGAGACAACCUUGACCUCACUGCAGAGCGGAGCAGGUGUGGAGGACUGAGAGACUUUCUGAUGAGGAUGAAGUGUACAGUGACUCACAGAGGAAGAACUGUCAACCUCAGAUCAGCCGGCUGGAGGGUGCUGCAGUGUCGAGGGUGUUUGAAGGUGUGUGUGUCAGGACCCUCUCUUACUUGUGUGCUCUUCACCUGCCAGCCCCUGUCCCUCACACACACACUCCUACACACACACACCUUCACCAGCCAUCACAGCAUGGACAUGAGGUUCACUUACUGUGACCAAAGGGUGACUGGGUUGUUAAGUUAUCGUCCAGAGGAGUUGCUGGGUGUCUCUAUGUAUGAUCUGUGUCACACUCUGGACUUACACACUCUGACCAAAAGCCACCAGAACCUGUGUUCUAAGGGUCAGUCAGUGAGUGGGGUGUACAGGGUGUUGGUUAGAGGGGGAGGGUACAUGUGGGCAGAGACUCACAGUGCUGUCAUCUCCAAACCCCGCCCAUCACAGCCACACCCAUCACAGCCACACCCAUCACAGCCACACCCAUCUAGACCCUCACCGCCACUCUUCGUCGCUUGUGUCACAUACAUCCUCAGUGGUGUUGAAGAGCCAACUCAGCUUCUGUCUCUGGGCCAGAUGAACUGAGGGGAGUAACCUCUAGCCCCUCCCUGGACCUCUUUUCAGGAAGGACAUUUUUCAUUCUAUAUAACAAUUCUGCAUUUUCUACAUAAAAUCUUAGCUGUAUUUAGUAUAGCUGUAGCUACAUAGUGUGAAACAGACACUGUGAAGAUAUUAAUGUGAUUAAGACUGUUUGCUAAUAAAUAAUCAUAUCCACUUCUGCAAAGGCAGUGUGCAAUGCUUUUGUUGCCUGUGGUUUGUGAUUGAUAAACUGUUGAGCGAAGGUUAUAAUCAAAGACGCAGGAAGUUUUGGGUUUAGACUAACGUUAUACAACAGUUUUCCCCUUCUCAUAUCAUCACUCCCUCUCCCUGGCUUUUCUGAAUGUAUGCUGUGUUCAGGUGCU